AUGAAGGUGACCAAUGGUAAGCUUCAAGACAUCAAUGAAGGUGGGCUGUUUGACUUGACAGACGAUAGACAAGAGGUGGCUUUUAGGUAUGCCGUCGAUGCUAUCAACAGCGACAGGACGCUGCUGGCUCACGCUCGGCUCUCUGCACAGAUUGAAGAAAUCCCUCCAAACGACUCCUUCAGAGGAUCUAGAAAAGUGUGUUCACUGCUCAAGUCUGGAGUGGCAGCCAUCUUCGGACCUCAGUCUGGUCAGACAUCAGACCAUGUUCAGUCUAUAUGUGACGCCCUGGAGAUCCCUCACAUAGAGAACCGGUGGGACUUUAGACUCACCAGAGACGCCUACUCUGUCAACCUCUAUCCCCAUCCAUCCACUCUAACAAAGGCCUACAUGGACGUGCUGAAGACCCUGGGAUGGCACAAGUUCUGCGUCAUAUACGAGAACAAUAACGGCCUUGUACGUAUUCAGGAGUUGCUCAAGAACCACACCUGGGAGGGAACCUCACAACGCCCUACCCACGACACAGCUGUUGUUAGUGAGAUGGACCUGCACACGGUGGACCUGGAAGACUUCCGUCACGGCGGCACCAAUGUCACUGCCCUGAGGAUCGUUGACCCGGAGAACCAGCUGGUGCAGAGGGUCAUUCAGGACUGGGUGUUCGGAGAACUUCGCUACGGUCGCACUCUUGAAUCUCACUCCAGUACACUAAAGGACAGCAACAUGACAUUCCUGAAGACAGAGGUGGCGCUCAUGUACGAUGCAGUGCAGUUAUUCGCUAAAGCUCUGGACGACCUGGAUCGCUCGCGUCACAUUGGCGUUACACCGCUGGAGUGUGACGGAGACAUCACCUGGGUGCAUGGUAACUCCCUCAUCAACUAUAUGAAGUGGGGUCGCCACACUCGUGGGAGAACGUUUAUGGGGUCACCAGCCUCGGUGGGAGACGUUUAUGGGUCACCAGCCUCGGUGGGAGACGUUUAUGGGUCACCAGCCUCGGUGGGAGACGUUUAUCGGUCACCAGCCUCGGUGGGAGACGUUUAUGGGUCACCAGCCUCGGUGGGAGACGUUUAUGGGUCACCAGCCUCGGUGGGAGACGUUUAUGGGUCACCAGCCUCGGUGGGAGACGUUAAAGGGUCGCCAUCCUCGGUGGGAGACGUAAAUCGUCCACCAGCCUCGGUGGAGACGUUAUCGGUCAACCAGCCUCGGUGGGAGACGUUUUAUUGA